AUGCUAUCUAUCUAUCUAUCUAUCUAUCUAUCUAUCAGUUUGUAUGUGUACCCCAGCAUCCGGUUUAUAGGGAAAGGAGAAAAGAUGCCCUACCCACAGCCAUUCCAGCAUCCUGGCUUCCUUUCCACCUCACCCUUCCCUAUUCUGACCCUAACCCACCUCGCUGCUACAUUCAUUGUGACCCUUGCAUCUAUCUAUCUAUCUAUCUAUCUAUCUAUCUAUCUAUCUAUCUAUCUAUCUGUCUUUAUACAUGCGUCUGUUAAACAAUUUCAUCGGUGUCCCUUUUUUUGUGUAUCCCUUAUUCUUUACGCAGGAUACACGUCCGUGAUUAUCCUUGAAAGGAUCAUCGACCUCUCUUCUCUUCAGCCAAUCAUCUGUGUCGAGACUUCUUCUUCUUCUUCUUCUUCUUCUUCUUCUUCUUCUUCUUUUUCUUCUUCUUCCAUCAAUUUACUCGAGCUAAACUAUGUUAUACUCUAUCUAUCUAUCUAUCUAUCUAUCUAUCUAUCUAUCCGAAAGUUGUUCAUAUUUAUCUAUAUAUCUAUCUAUCUCCAUGUGUUCAUAUCUAUGUCUAUUUCUCUCUCUGUCGUAGAUUGUUCAUAUCUAUCUAUCUAUCUAUCUAUCUAUCUAUCUAUCUAUCUAUCUUUUUAA